CAACAUUAAAACGAAAUGUGUCAGUUUGGCGCUUUUAAACCAGUUAAGUUUGUUUUGGUACAGCAAGUUUAUCCACAAAACAUUCAAAUGCAAGUCCCCCAACUCCAAUCACCUCAUCCUUUCUCUCUCCCUAAACCCCUAAACCCUACUACUUCCUGUAGCCACCGCCACUACCACCGUCCACGUCGUCUUUACCCUCUCUUCUCCAAAAUCACAAUCCCUCCCGUAUUUUCCAAAUCAGCGCCACCUCCAAAAUGCUUCAGCUCAGACGAAUUCCCAGUAGACGAAACAUUGGCCGAGAACCUCGGCAUAACCACAAGAGACGACGCCAAAGAGGAAGAAUGGCGUCGCAAAAACUGGAUAGAAAGAGGGUGGGCCCCGUGGGAAGAAAUCCUAACUCCCGAAGCUGAUUUCGCUCGCAAGUCACUCAACGAAGGCGAAGAGGUCCCUCUCCAGUCACCCGAAGCAAUCGAAGCUUUUAAAAUGCUAAACCCUAAGUACCGACAAGAAAAGAUUAAAGAGAUGGGAUUAACCGAAGACGAGUGGUACAAAAAGCAGUUCGAAAUUAAAGGCGACAUUCCGGAUCCGCUUGAGACGCUUUGGGCCGGUCCGUUGGUCCUGAGACACGUGGCUCCUAGAGAUUGGCCGCCUAGAGGGUGGGAGGUUGAUAGACAAGAGCUUGAGUUUAUUCGGGAAGGGCAUAAGUUGAUAAGUGAGAGAGUGGUAAUUGAGGAAUUGGAUAAUAAAAGAGAGAAAUGUGAUGAUAUUGAAACGGCGUGUUUUGAUAGGUAUAAGAUGUUUCUCAAACAGUAUAAUGAAUGGGUUGAUGCUAAUAAGGAUAGACUAGAAGAGGAAUCUUAUAAGCAUGACCAAGAUGAUUAUCCUGGUAGAAGGAAAAGAGGGAAAGAAUAUAAAGAGGGCAUGUAUGAACUUCCAUUUUAUUACCCAGGACAGAUUUGUGAGGGACAGAUCACCACUAUACACCUAUAUCAAGGAGCCUUUGUUGAUGUUGGAGGUGUUUAUGAUGGGUGGGUUCCCAUCAGAGGUAAUGAUUGGUAUUGGAUCCGGCAUCAUAUAAAAGUUGGUAUGCAUGUCAUUGUUGAAAUUCUGGGAAAGCGAGAUCCGUACCGCUUUCGAUUUCCUAUUGAAAUGCGUUUUGUUUGGCCCAACAUAGAUCACCUUAUCUUCAAUAGAUUUGAAUUUCCACCAAUAUUUCAUCGCGAUGAGGAUACCAACCUAGAUGAAUUACGGCGUGAUUGUGGAAGACCUCCUGUUCCUAGGAAAGAUCUAGGAACAAAACCAGAAGAAGAAGCACUAUUGUCAAAUCACCCUUAUGUUGAGAAGUUGUGGCAAAUCCAUGUUGCUGAGCAAAUGAUUUUGGAUGAUUGGGAGGCUAAUCCUGAAAAAUACAAGGAUAAAAAGUUAUCUGAAUUAACAGAUGAUGAAGAUUUUGACGAGCAAAACAGUAUUGAAUAUACAGAAGCUUAUUACAAGAAAACCUUGUUGCCCAAAACAAUCCUGAAACAAAGUGUUAAAGAGCUCGAUUUGGAAGCAGCCUUAAAGGAGCGCGAGUUACAUAAUAAAUUAAGAAUGGAAGCAAAAGAAAGAGGAGAGAAGUAUAAAAUUGACAAGCUGAGGCGAAAUAUUGAAAUGGAUGAGUAUGACCUGAUGCAUUGGCGUCGAUCUUUUGAGGAAAGGGAAGCUUUAAUUAGAGAUAUCAGCUGUCGCCAAACACUUGGUUUGCCAUUGGAAGAGCCAGGAAGGUAUAAGCCAGCAAGCUAUUUUGGAAAGGAUCAAUAUGAUCCUGAAAAUCCUUUAUAUCGGUAUGACUACUGGGGAGAACCCAAAAACUCGGAAAAGAGCAAGCAAGAGAGGAUGACAGAUGCUCACAACAAAUCUAUUGUGGGCAAGUCUAAUGUUUGGUAUGAAAUGUCUUAUGAAGAUGCAAUCAAACAACGGAUGCAAAGAGAAGCCCGAUCUAAGGGAGUGAAGCAAAAAGAGAGUGAUGAAGAUUCAGACAUGGAUAACAGAGAUGGGGAUGAGGAUGAUGACGACGACGACGACGACUUUGAUUACAGCAUUUUAAGUGAUUUGAGCAACAUUACAGAUGAACCUCUUGUAAAUGGUACUAGAUCUCCCGGACUAUCAGAUGAGGGUAUGUUUGAGAAUUAAAGUGAGCUUUACUAGAUGCUAUACCGUUACAUGGUUGUUGAAAGAGUUGAGGAAUUAAAGAGCUUCUAUCCCAAGUCAGUUCUUCAGGAUCGCCAGUAGCAAGUUUGGCAGUGAACUCGCUUUCAAACUUAAGUUGAGCCUUAGAUCCUCAUUUAUCAUAUGCUAGAGGGCAUUUUGGGUGCUUUGUUUGUUUUGUUUCUGGAAUGCUCUCGUUAGAAUUACCACAGCUGCAGUUACAGUUUUUCACUGGUCAAUGGUCUCAUCCACAACACAGAACAUUCCUUAGCUUAGGAGCGGGGUGAGUUAUACAUCCACAUAAGCCAACAUAAAUACAUUUGAGCAUCAAAUAUUUGAUCUUCACUUGGAAACAAAGUUGCCUCUUGCAUAUGAAUUACUAAAUAUUUCCAGUCA